UCGAUUAGUGGUGGGGUGUUUGACGUGCGGGAACCAUAUCAUCAGUAUAUAUAUAUGCACAUAGUCAGUGUCGAUGAGAUACUGCGUUAGUGUAACACCUUGUCUAUCUAUUCAGAAAGGAUAAAAAUAUUGUUUCGCCAUUUUAAAAACCAAAAUUUGACUAUUGCUCUUUCGGUGGAAAAAUAUCAAUCACUCGGCGCAGUACAAUUACGAUGAUGUUUAUGAAACGUUACGUGUAACUGAGAUAUGUUGAAUAUAUUGCCGACAAUAAUAACUACACAAUUAUUAAACUUUAAAUAAGCGAUACUUUAUUGUACAUUAUUUAUUUAUGUACCUUUGUGAAUGUUUUCAUGAUUAAUGGGGUUGAUUAAUCAACUACGAUAACAAGACAGGAUAUGGUAUGAUAUUAUCUUGCUGCUGUAAACGACAGUUCACUUGUUGGAUUUAUGAUUUGGUGGAGAUAUUCUGCACAUGAAAUUUGAAAUUUCCAGUCUGGGCUUUGGAAAACGAUAUUAAUUAAUAAAGUGAGGAUUAUGAGAAAAAUUGAGAGCUCCGUGCAAUCGUUGAAAUUGUCAGUGGGUCAGUAUGAUACAAGAAGUAGAGAAGGAACGGAAUUCAUCAGUGUGCUUUAUACCUGGACAUCAAGAUGAUAAUGAAGAUGGCAAUGAUAAUGAAAGAGAUGAGAUACAUAUGUCACUGGCGCCAUACAUACAGACUUAUCUGGCUCACAGUGGACAGGGGGUUGGAUGCUGUGGAAUUGGCCUGCCAGUGCCAUUUGAAAGAGCUGCGCCAAGAUCAUGGUGGAAUCCAAAGUUCGAUUCAGAAAUACUUGAAGAGCAGUAUAAAACUAGUGCUUUUCUUCAGCUCAAAUUGAGAUUCAGAUAUGCACUUUUAUACGUCCUCCUAAUCUGUCUCAGUUGGCUAAUCUACUUCAUGACUUUGGGAAUAAAAACUUCAACAUCUCUAUGGCCGACAAUUGUAAGCAUAUUCACCACAAUCUUCGUCCUUAUGUUCUGUGUUUUCUAUUGGACAUCAAGAGACUACUACAGGCGUUACAUCUUCCCUACAUCUCUGGUAGUUUCCACCAUUCUCUGCGCCUCGUCUCUACUUCUUCUAGUCCUCUUGCCACCGUAUGGAGCCACGGAAAACGAGGGAUUGAGCCUCGUGGGUCACUUUUCCCUCUGCUCAGAAAUCCAACUGCUCAUCUACACCGUCAUUCCGAUGCCUCUGUACGCUUGCUUCGGAGUCUGCACCACUUAUUCUAUCAUCUUUGAAUUUUUAACCGCAUAUCUUUAUCACCAGCAUCAGAAAUCCACCAACAAUGAUCCAAUCGAGUUCAACUCAACGCUCCUGGCAAUCAGAAUUCUAACACAAUUAUGCAUUCACAUUAUUGGAGUUCACAUUCUAAUAAUGACAUUUGUAAGAAUGAGAGGAACAUUCAUGAAAGUAGGACAAUCUCUCCUUGUCCGUCGUCAACUAGAAAUGGAGAAGCAACUAAAAGAAAAGAUGAUCCACUCAGUUAUGCCACCAAAAGUCGCAGAUUGGUUGAUGGAAGAGAGCGAGCGAGAACGAGAGCGAGAAAAUUCAAUAAAAAAAGGUUCUAUUCCUUCCAAUAACGCAGACCUCAGGUCUCUCUUUCGUCCAUUCAAUAUGCACUCCAUGGAGGAUGUCUCUAUUCUUUUUGCUGAUAUCGUUGGCUUCACUAGAAUGAGCUCAAACAAAACAGCCGAAGAAUUAGUGGGGAUUCUCAACGAUUUAUUCGAGAGAUUUGAUGAAUUAUGUCAACAGAAUGGUUGUGAGAAGAUUUCUACUCUCGGGGACUGUUACUAUUGCGUUAGUGGGUGUCCAAAGCCGAGAUUGGACCAUGCCAAGUGUUGUGUAGACAUGGGUUUGGCGAUGAUCGAGGCUAUAAAUCAAUUUGAUAUAGAGAGAAGAGAGGGAGUUAACAUGAGAGUAGGAGUGCACACUGGAACGGUUCUCUGUGGAAUCGUAGGUACCAAAAGGUUCAAAUUUGAUGUAUGGUCUAAUGAUGUUACUCUUGCCAAUAAGUUAGAAAGCACAGGAAUAGCUGGGAGGGUUCAUCUCAGCGAAAAAACAUUGAGUUUUCUCGGUGAUCAGUACCUAACGGAGGAAGGCGAGACUGUCAAGGGUGUUAAGACAUUUUUUAUAAAGGGUCGAAAGUCAGAUAUCAUAAAUAACUUCAUGAAUAAUAUAGGCCCAAUAUCAACGAGCAUAUCACCAAUUUUACAUGCACGUCAACGAGUUUCAUCUUGCAAUGAUCAAUCAAAACCUAGACAGCAUUAUUUACACAUGCUUACUAAUGCUAAUAAUUAUCGGAUUAAGGCCAAUUCAUUGCCAAGUAUUCUGGAUUGUGAGGCUGAUGAAUUCAAUGAGGAUGUCGAAGGUAGAGAAUUUGAGAAGGACGUUAGUCAGAGUCCUUCGAGCACUGCUAGUUGUGGUAAAAAAAAAAAGAGUAAACCGUGGAAAUAUCUGCAGAGGCAGAGGACCACCGAAGAAAUGACUCCCCUUAAGAGUGAGGUAAACAAAACAAUUCAAACCCAGAAGAAUAAAUCGCAAGUUAUCAACAUGGAGGACGAAAAUAAUGUGAAGAAUGGAGCCCCUGUGAAUAAUUUGGUGGAGAUGAAUCCUAAUCCUCGAUCCAUUAGUCCUCUGUCGAAUCAUGAACAAGCACCAUUGAGUCAUGCGUCUUCAGUUUGCAGCAGAAAGGACUCUGGAAUCAGGAGCAAUAGUAGACGCAGCAGCAUUCAACAACAGCUGUUCUUAAUGAAUGGAUUGGCCCAGGGUGAUUUGCUAGGGCAGAGAGUCAGCGGAUAUUAUACGUCAAGUUCUACGCUUAAUUCUAGGGAAGAUCCCUCAUCCUCUGGGGCUCCCUCUUAUCCUCCUUAUCCGUUCCCUCCUGCUGUCACUGAUACCUUCGGGGCAUGCUUUCAUAAGUUGCGGAAGCAGUCUGAUCUUCAGUUAAUUCGAUGUGUUCAGGAUAACGUGUCCUCUCAACGCUCCUACUUUGUAAAGCCUCCCCUCUCCCGCGUAACACUCUUCUUCAAGAACAAAGAAAUGGAGGAGGAAUACCGUGAGAACGCCCACAAGACGAGUGAAAGUGUAGGGGAUAAUCCACCCACCCUAGCUACCUCACGUUUCAACACCUACUUUGACAUCCUCGUCUCAGCCCUCGUCUACACUGCAAUCACAGCCUCUCUCUUAAUCCUCUGCAAGCCAACCAUUUACUUCGUGAUAUUCUGCGCAAUAGCCACAGUAAUUCAGGUAUUCGUCGUAACUCGCUGUAUACGUCAAUUAGUAAAUCCGAAUUCAGCAUACGCUAUUGCGACACAGAAAAUCUUCAAAUUCUUUACAAAAUGGUAUCCCUGGCACUGCUGUGGAGCUCUUCUGGUAAGCCUUCCCAUCAUAUCAAUCUUCAUGAAUCUCAACUGCAGAAAUGGCUUUGAAUCGAGUCUGACGAAUCACAUCGAUUAUUACUACUGUUAUUUAAUUUUCGUGGGUUUUGUACAUUUUUGCAAUUUUACGCAGUUAAAUUGUUGGAUGAAAAACUUUCUCGUGACAUUUACAGCAGUACUUUUUGUAAUUUUUAUGGUCAGUAAUGUUGGAUCAACUGAUAUUGAUACAAUGAAACCACAAAAUGCCUUAAACAGCUCAGAUAUAUUAGAACCAAUGGAUUUAACGUUGAAAUUCCCUGAAACAUUGAAUAAUAGUUUUAUCAAUGUAAGUAGAACAAUUAUUUCCACCAAUUCGAUCGAUAAGAAACAUAAAUUACAGUACAACGAUGGUUUUUAUGAUAAAGAGAUAUUUCUUGAUAUUAUACUACUUUUGAUACUCGUGUGGUUUUUAAAUCGUGAAUUUGAGAUUAGCUAUCGUUUGAGUUUUCAUGGUAAUGCAGUUGCUGCUAGGGAUAAAUCACGUGUACAGUCAAUGAAAAAUCAAGCUGAUUGGUUGUUACAUAAUAUUAUUCCCAAAUAUGUUGCGGAUCAGUUGAAAACAACAGCCAAAUAUUCGCAGAAUCAUAAAGCAGUGGGAAUUAUAUUUGCUAGCAUUGUUAAUUUUAAUGAGCUUUAUGAUGAGUCUUAUCUGGGGGGUAAGGAGUACUUGAGAGUUUUGAAUGAAUUGAUUGGAGAUUUUGAUGAGUUGCUAGAGAAAAAUGAGUUCUCAAAUGUCGAGAAGAUAAAAACAAUUGGGAGUACAUUCAUGGCGGCUAGUGGGCUUAAUCCACAAGUGAGGAAUCAGAGUAGUCACACUUUUCAACAUUUAUUUCAACUCCUAGAUUUUGCUGUCGCAAUGCACAAAGUUAUUUAUGAUUUUAAUAGAGAUCUGUUGGGGUUCAGAUUGAUACUUAGAGUGGGAUUCAAUUUUGGAGAUGUCACUGCCGGGGUCAUUGGAGCAACUAAGCUUUAUUAUGAUAUUUGGGGUGAUGCUGUUAAUAUUGCGUCUAGGAUGGAUUCUACGGGUGUUGCUGGCAGAAUUCAACUGACCAGUAAUUGUCUCGAGGCAUUGGAGGAGAGAUAUGAGUUUGAACCCAGGGGACAGGUUUAUGUUAAGGGGAAAGAUAAUAUGGACGUUUAUCUUUUGAUUGGCAAAAAGGAGUGAGAAUAUUUAUUUUUCAUUUUAAGAAUCAAUGAGUCAAUAAUUUUAGUGAGCAGGUGGAAUGAGGAGUGAGUGUACUUAGUCAAUUUUUCAUUCUUACAGGGAAUACUUGGGAGAGAGUUGGAAAAAUUUGUCAUUUUUUUGAAUCAAAACUGGGCCUAAUUUUAUAGAUCGAAAGCCUGAUUAAUUGUAAUAUAGAAUUUUUGUGCAUUUGAUUUUGUACCUUUAACAUUUGGAUGGGGGGAUCGGUGUUCAGCCGAUCAUGUAAAUCAUUUAAUUGAUGAGCUGGUCACCUAAAAACCAAAAGGACGGUUUUCCCAAUGGGUUUUGCCUUGAUAUACUCUGUCCCUGUUGAUGUUUUUAGGGUUUUUAUGGACCUCCAGACAAUUUCGAUAUUUCUUCGAUAUUUCAUCUCUGAAACUUACUGUGUGGUUCAGGUAUGUGGAUGAUACCUUUGUCCUCUGGCCACAUGGAAAGACGGUUGCCGAGUACAAAGGAUCCGAGACUACUCCUGAGCACAAUAAUGUACAUUGAAGAAACUGGGAGGAAGACGAGUACACGUAGAACACUGAGAAAAAAAAUUAAUUUUGCCAAAUAUCCAUUUACUUGAGAGAAGUAUUCAUUUUUUCAAUACCGUAUUUCUCCGGUCAAGAGGUUCUCAGGCAAUUCUCUUUUUGUUUCAAUUAUAACAAUUAUAUUAUUCUAGAAGAUAAUCAUGUUACUUAUGACCUUGAGUGAACUCCCUCAAUA